AUGAAUCAACCCUCCGACCCACCUGCCCACAUUCUCUCCAAUCUUUCUCCUAUGACUAUAAAACGCACCCUCUUCUAUCUCCACGAUAUCGUACUCGUUCAAGCAAGCAAGCAAGCAUCAUCAUCAUCAUCAAGACUCGAGAAAGAGAGAGAGAGAGAGAGAGAGAGAGAGAGAGAGAGAGAGAGAGAGAGAGAGAAAAAGUCGGACUGGGGACCGGUGCUAGUGACGGUGAUACUCUUCGUGAUGCUCACGCCAGGGCUUCUGUUUCAGUUGCCUGGACGACAAAGAUACGUUGAGUUCGGUAAUUUUCAGACAAGCGCUGUAUCAGUUAUCGUCCAUUCUCUUCUCUACUUCUCCCUUGUCUGCGUCUUCCUUCUCGCACUCAAGAUUCACAUCUACAUCGGCUAGUUUCAACUCCGUUGCUAAUGUUAUCUUGUCCAAGUUUUCUCUUCAACUUUUUAACCUUAACUAUCAUUUAUAUCCAAUAUUUUAAUUGCUAAAUUAAUGUACCUUUUGUUUGGACUAUCAUUUAUAUGGUCCAUUAACACU